GUAUGCGCUGCGGAAUAGUUUUGCGUUUGAUCUGGUUUAUUGGUUGAAGAUUGAUGAGAGGUUUUUCGGGGUUAGUGGACGAGGAGUAGAGAGGGCAUGGGAGGAGCGGGUUGGGUUGUUGAGUGAGGAGGAGAAAGAGGAGAUGGAAAUGCUUGUGACGAGGAAGAUGGCGGAGAGGGUGAGUAGGCCUCUUAUUUGGGAUGCGGAUCAGUAUACUUUGGCUUUUCAGCGGGAAUCGGAGAGACGGAGGGAGGGAGAUGAAGGAGGGAAGGAUGAGGUUGGAGUUGAUGAAUUCCGUAGUGUGGAGGAUAAUGGGACUGGGGCUGAUGGGAUGGAUUGAGAUGGUCUACCUAGUACCGGCCUGUGGAGCUCUUCUGGCUAACCCUCAAGGCGAUGGAUGUCUCCCAGAGAUUCACCGUCCAAAACACCCCAAUUUCUCCUACAAGCAAGCAAGCCGUCCUGCAAAGGUGUGCUGUGCUGUGCUGUGCUGUAAACGGAAGCCAAACUACCACAAAACAAACGGGCCAUGCCUCUAAGUUAUCCCCUCUUACGCAUCAGCAAACCAAAAGCGCAUCAUCCCAGAAGCGGAAUUCAUUGCUCGCCCCUCACUCACGGAUGGGAUCAAGGAUAAUCCCAACCCUCAUCACUAUCACUAUCAUCCUCAUCACUAUCGGGAUAAUCCUGAUCCUCAUCACUACUGCCAUCCCGGUCCACAAAGUAGAAUUCCUCAUGCCCCCGCGAAUUGUGGAACUUCUUGGUCCUUCUCUUCUCGUAGUCUUCAUCCUCAAGAUAUCGGUCACAGUCAUCCUUUCCAUUGUCAUCCUUGUCCUCCUCCUCUUCUGCCUCCUCAUCCUCCUCCUCUUCUUUCUCGUCUUCCUCUUCAUCCUGCUCAUCCUCCGCGUCAGGAUCCUCCCCCCUGAUACUGAGCUUAAUAAACCCGUAGAUCAAUUCGGGAGACUUCAU